AUUUAAGGGUUUUACUCUUGUGCUGAGUGUUCUACGGAUUUGUUCUACGCCUCGCUUUAGAAACCCCCUUUGUUCAUUCAUGUGUGAAAUUUCAUGAUAGGAACUUCAAUGGCAGAAACCAAGCAAGAUAUGUUCUCCAGAAUCUUCACUGGUGUUCGUUUUGUUCUUGUCGGAUUCAAUUUUCUAAAAUUGGAGCAGAUUCGGUUCAAGCUGUUGGUGGGUGGUGGAGUUGACGUGUCCGAAUAUGGACCGGAUUGCACACACCUCAUUGUAGAUAAAACUAUUUAUGAUGAUCCUAUAUGUGUUGCUGCCCGACGGGACGGAAAGGUUGUAGUCACAGGCUUGUGGGUCGAGCACAGUUUUGAUCUGGGAAUGCCUGUCGAUCACCUCUCUAUCAUGUACAGACCUUCAAGGGAUUUGGAUGGAAUCCCAGGCGCGAAAUCUCUAAUUCUGUGCUUAACUGGAUAUCAGCGGCAAGACCGAGAUGAUAUAAUGACAAUGGUUGGGCUGAUGGGUGCAAAUUUUUCGAAGCCAUUGAUUGCAAACAAAGUCACUCAUCUUAUUUGCUACAAAUUCGAGGGAGAGAAAUAUGAGCUUGCCAAGAAACUGAAGAAGAUAAAGCUAGUGAAUCACCGGUGGUUAGAAGAUUGUUUAAUGGCUUGGGAAAUUCUUCCGGAGGCUGGCUAUGAUAAAAGUGGGUAUGAGUUGGAGAUGAUGAUGGAAGCUGAAGCCAAGGAUUCUGAAGAUGAGCAAGAUGACAUUGCCGGUAACAUGGGUGGAGAGAGAGUUUCUUUCACUACUCCUCAACAUUCAAAGAGUCCCAAUCAAUUCCUUUUGAAGGAGGAAAUCUCUAGAAACAUCUCAGAGAUACACACACCUACAGGUUUGUCAGAUCUUGAAAACAAUAAGCAGCUGGCAUCAUGUGCUCCCAAGGAGUCAAAAUGGGACCUGGUUACAAUCUUUGAAGAAUCUCAUAAGAGGCAUCUUGAGACCCUUGGCACCACUGUGAGUAGAAAUGAAUAUGUGCCACUUAGCAUGCCACAAAAUGGAAAUAGUACAGCCUCAGUUUCUAAUAGUGCUAAGAAGUCUCCUAACUCUUGUCCGCCAAACAGUUGUGUUAGUAGUUAUUCCCGAAAAAAACCUAGAAGAAUUGGUCUCACCAUGGCCUCGGAACAAAUUGAGAGUGCAGGACGUCCUUCCACUAAUGCGGUGAGCCAACAUUGUGAUAACUUGAACUUCUCCUCAGAGAAAGAGCAGGAUGAAACUGACGUUGGUUCUGCAAAAAUUCCUACUAGUAAAAUGUCAUGCCUUGAAAAGGGCCAAAGUAGUAUACUCCCUGAGAAACUCCCUGAGAAAAGGAGUGUGGACAUGAUAUAUAAUGGCUCUCCAAAAAGUAUUCAUAGUCCAGAAAGCAUGUUAAAUGGUGACCUGGUGGAAGAUCGUGGUGUAGAGUUAGGCAGACAUUUGUCAUUACUGAAGAAUGUCCAGUUUGGCAACGGUGCAAGUCUUGAUCCCUUGCAAACUUGUGAUUCUUCAAUUUCCAAUUCCUUAAAACAUGGCAGUCAGCUAGAGUGUGAUGAGGAUGUAUUGCGAGCUGGCACUUGUGUGAUCGUGGGGUUAAAAAAGACUGCUUUGAGCUGCAAUGUUGACCCUGUGAAUUUUCACUCAUGUGAGACUGAGUAUUCUACUGGUGAACAUAACAGCCCAAGGAAUGAACUGCAAACUGUCAAAAAUCCAUCUCCAGGCAAUGAAAGAGAAGAUAUUGAGAAGUCUACUCAGUUGGCUGAACUGGAAAAUGCUGUAGGAGAUACUAGGUCAGGGUCUAAUCCAUUAAAGAGAAAAUCCCUUUCCAAGAAGACACUGGGCUCUGGACUAAAUCUCUGUGAAAGGGACGCAAGAAAUCAGAAAGGUACUACAGUUCUUAACAAGACUGUUCCGGCAAAUGAUUCUGCACCCUCUGUGAGCUGGGGUAGAAAGGACAGAGAUCACCAAGAGGUUCGGAGAUUUGCAAAGGUUGAGGUUCCAUCAGCAGGCAGUGCAGAAUCAAGCAAAGAGACUGAGAAAAGAAAAUACGUGGAUUCUGCAAAGAAAGAUGUGAAAACAGCUGAAUCCAAAAAUGAUGAUGCUGAAACUCCUGAGGACGAAGAGUAUGAUGAAUUGAAUGUCUUAACAGGAGAGUCCAGUGGAGUACCACAGUCUCGGGUUAAAUCUGCAGAGAAACUAGUUGUGAACACGAAUCAGACUGAUGUGGAAGAUUGUGCUGUGAGGCAUGAUGCUGACAACAAGGACUCUGAAGGUCAAAAGACUAUUUCUGGCAAGAAGACCAGGUCAAAUAGAUCAACUUCUGCACAGAAUGAUGUGGAUGAGAAAGUAACCAAAGGUCCAAAGUAUUUGAUGAAGAGGAGCAAAACAACUAAUUUAGCUCCUAAACGAGCUGUAUUUUCUGCAAAAUUUGCCCAGAGAAAGAAGUCCAAAAAUGAUAAAAACAAGAAUGUGGAAACAGAGAAUGGAAAAAGUUUACCUGAAACAAGUGAACCCACAGCACUGGCACUUGAUCAUGAAUUGAACUCCAUGGUUGUGGAGAAGGAGAAUAGACCUCUUACUGGAGGCCAAAGCUCGAGUUAUAAUGAACAUGGAGCUGGCAAAACUUCUCCAAAAUGUGAUAAAAGAAAACCUCUAAAGGCUGAUGUUGCAAAUCCUCGCUCAUUGCAGGUUACUAAAGCAGAAACUGAGCCGAAGUGGUUUAUCCUUAGUGGACAUCGGCUGCAAAGAAAGGAAUUUCAGAAGGUCGUUGAAUGUUUGAAAGGAAAAGUGUGCAGGGAUUCUCAUCUAUGGUCAUAUCAGGCAACUCAUUUUAUUGUUCCAGAUCCAGUUCGCAGAACUGAAAAAUUGUUUGCUGCUGCAGCCUCUGGAAGGUGGAUCCUGAAGUCUGAUUAUUUAACAGCCAGUAACGAAGCUGGAAGAUUCUUGGAUGAAGAAAAAUAUGAAUGGCACAGAAAAGGCUUAACGGAAGAUUUAGCAAUCGACUUAGAAGCUCCAAGGAAGUGGCGGCUCCUGAGGAAGAGAACUGGACAUGGUGCAUUUUAUGGAAUGAAGAUAAUCAUAUAUGGAGACUGCAUUGUACCACCAUUGGAUACACUGAAGCGCACUGUCCAGGCCGGAGAUGGUACAAUAUUAGCAACUUCACCGCCUUACACUCGCUUCCUUAACUCAGGUGUCGAUUUUGCCGUUGUCGAUGAGACCAUGCCCCGUUAUGAUAUGUGGGUUCAAGAAUUCUUAAGGCACGAGAUACCUUGCAUUUUGCCUGACUACUUGGUGGCUUAUGUGUGCAAACCCUGUUAUCCCCGUGACAAUUACAUACAAUACAAUACUCAUACUUGGGUAGAAAGGUCAUUGAAAAACCUGGCAGAUCGCUUGGAAGAGGUUGUUGUAGAUACGGUGCCAUCAGAUAACAACAGUAACGUGGAAUGCUGAUACGUGUUGGUGAAAGGGGGGUUCCAUGGAUGUGGCAUUGACAUUUAUAUUUUUAUAACUGCGACCCUCGCCUUGGGUGUGUACAGGGGAAAGACUGGUUUUGCGGAGUCUAUAGCAAGAAUAGUAUGAAGAAAAAGUAUUCCAAGGAAUUCCAGCAAAAUACUCCAUUUCAUUAAGGUGUACCAGCUGAGCGCCAACUUAAGUUGGUCGUUUUGGAUGUACAAAGUAGUUAUUUUCCUCAUAUGAUUGCUUUAAUAGUUAAGAUAUAGUGACCAUUUUAUCCCGUAGAAGCAGCUACCUAUUAGUUCAAAAAUUAAUGGCUUGCCGGAUGUUGGUGUUGGAGACUGUUUAAUUUUGUAGAGUAGUUUCUUGGUGACAUUUCUUGGUACAGAUUUUCUUAACCCGGAGUC